UGGGGACACUUGAUCACCAUGGCGGACGAGCUGGACUUCGAGACGGGCGACGCGGGCGCCUCGGCCACGUUCCCCAUGCAGUGCUCGGCGCUGCGCAAGAACGGCUUCGUGGUGCUCAAGGGGCGGCCCUGCAAGAUCGUCGAGAUGAGCACGUCCAAGACGGGCAAGCACGGCCACGCCAAGGUCCACUUGGUUGGUAUCGACAUCUUCACUGGUAAAAAAUACGAAGAUAUUUGUCCUUCAACUCAUAACAUGGAUGUUCCAAAUAUCAAGAGGAAUGAUUAUCAACUCAUUGGUAUCCAGGAUGGCUAUCUCUCCCUGCUGACAGAAAGUGGUGAAGUUCGUGAGGAUCUGAAGUUACCAGAAGGUGAUCUUGGCAAAGAAAUAGAAGGAAAAUUCAAUGCCAGUGAAGAUGUGCAGAUAUCUGUCAUAAGUGCAAUGAAUGAAGAAUGUGCUGUAGCCAUAAAGCCUUGCAAAUAAAGAGGAUCACCAGACUCGGGCAACUGCUCAGGUCUGGACAAAUCACAGAUCUUUAAAUUUGAUUCUGAUUGUCACCAAAGCUCUGGCCUUCACAAGCAACCUCAUUUCUUUUUUGAAUUGUUAAAAAGCAGUGCUGGAUUCUGGAUUAGUGUUGCAGGCUAACUGGCAGUUUUCAAAAUCACUGAGAUUUUAAUUCCUUAAUUGUAACUAUUUUAACAUUCCUGUGGGUUUCAGCUAUGGAUCUGAGAAACCAAUCAGGUGUUAUUAGUGGAUAUAUUUUUAUUUGCUUGAGCAAAACAGUGUUUGUCUGUAUGAACAGACAAAAUACAGUAUUCAGGGGCUUUUAGAUAAGCUAGUAGGUAUCUAGGAUUAUAAAGUGACCUAGAGCACAAAUAGUAUUUUUCUUGACAUAUUUACAUAGAACUGACAAUAAAAGUAGCUUUUUUUUUUUCUUUUCUUUUUUUUUUUAAAGCUUAAGUAUUUUGUGGAUUGGGACUCUUGCAGAACUGUAGGUGCCAAUCACUAGUUUUAGACCAAGAAACUCAAGUGAUCAAAAACGCCAGCUGGCUUGACAAAGCCCCUGUGGCCAUGUGCAACUUAACUGUAUUACCUCUGUACUCUUCUUUGCCAAUUUUUGGCUUAUUGUAAUGUUAAAAUGGUGUCAAAGCCUACCUUUGGUUUAGGUGGGCAUUGGAAUAUUGGUAGAUACAAUAUAGGUAGGUUAAGGGGAUACAAAGGUGAGAUGGAUGUUAAAGCUAUAGACUUUCACUCGAGGCCUUUGUCAGACUUGAAAAAUAAAAACAGAAAAACGCAGUUCAA